UUUUACAAACUGACUUGGAUACAGUAGUUUUUGUAGUUCCUUCUAAAUUAACUGUGUUUAGAAAUGUUUUUCAACAAGAAUAAUCGCUUACGACAACGACAAAUUUGAUCGGCUGCCCAACCUGUAGUGGGGGUACCCAAACUGUAGACUUCGAAUGCCGUCGUUUUAUUUGUAUGAACGUGGUGCAGAUUCAUUGUCACUGUUUUCAGUUGUGCUUUGCGAUGCACCAUUAGAAAUUAAAUAAAUAAUGGGUAUUGUAAUUGAAUGGGACACAUUAGCUUUUGGUCUGUGCUGUCGAUAUAAAUUUGUUUGGUGGGGAUUUUACAUAAAUACCACAUAGAAAAAAACAAUCUCUGUUAAAAGUCAGGAAGGAUGAUGGCCCGAAAGUAAACACAAAUAAAGUUAGCUAUGUGCAUUAGAAUGAAAUGCAAAAUCAUAAUAUAAUGAUAGUCAUUCGACAGAUUUUGAGGUACAUCGGAACUGGUUGGCCAUUACCCAUAGCCUGCCCAUAAGCGAAUGGUACCAGGAAGCAACAUCAGAAUGGACAUUGGAUUAUCCUCCUUUGUUUGCGUGGUUUGAGUUUAUUUUGUCUUAUUUUGCAAAAUAUUUUGAUGCUGAGAUGUUACAAGUGAAAAACCUGAACUAUGCAUCUUCAGGAACAAUUCUGUUCCAGAGAUUAUCAGUGAUUGUCACAGAUUUUGUGUUUGCUUAUGGAACUCGAGAGCUAUGUAGCUAUUUGAGUAGCAGUGGAAUACGAAAAAGCAGCAAAUGGGGAUCUCGCUGGGGGUCACCAGCUGCGAUCUUACAGAUACUUCUCUUAGGCAAUGCUGGUCUGCUGUUGGUUGACCAUAUCCAUUUUCAAUAUAAUGGUUUUCUACUGGGUCUUCUCUUGAUUUCUGUGGCUAGGGUCCUACAGGGUAAAUGCUUGAUGGCAUCAUUCUGGUUUGCAGUUCUUCUGAACUUGAAACAUAUUUUUAUAUAUGUGGCUCCAGCAUAUUUUGUCUAUCUUCUGCGUAGCUACUGCUUCCUUGGAGCACAGUCUAGCAGCUUGGUUCAGUGGAGAUCAUUUUCUCCAGCUCGAUUUGCCAAGCUUGGUUUAGUGGUGGCAUAUGUUUUCCUAGUCUCUUUUGGACCUUUCAUUGUUUUGAACCAACUACCUCAGGUGUUUUCAAGACUGUUCCCAUUUAAGCGAGGCCUCUGCCAUGCCUAUUGGGCACCAAACAUCUGGGCUCUCUAUAACAUUGCUGAUAAAAUGGCCAUUAUUGCAGGCAGGCAACUUGGAAUUACCAGUAAUGUGUCUGCUGCUGUCAUGACUGGUGGACUUGUUCAGGAAUACAAUCAUGUUUUUCUACCAGAAAUUACACCCAGAACUACUUUUUUGUGUACACUUCUCUCAGUUCUGCCAGCCCUGGUGAAGCUAUGGUGUUGCCCUGGAAACCCAUACCAUUUUGUGCGCUGCAUAGUUCUGUGUGCCUGUGGAUCUUUCAUGUUUGGCUGGCACGUGCAUGAAAAGGCUAUUCUUCUGAUCAUCAUUCCAUUAAGUUUCAUGGCUGUUAUAUGGAAGAAAGAAGCUCAGAUGUAUGUGUUCCUGGCUACAGUGGGGCAUUAUUCCCUGUUUCCUUUAUUGUUCACAGCAUUUGAACUUCCUAUCAAGGUGCUUCUGUUAGUCCUCCAUUCUUCAUAUGCUUUCUUUAACUUAGCCAGUUUAUUUGAUAUGAAGAAGUGUUCAUUAUGUCUUCCCCUUCUCAGUGGACUUGAAUCAGUUUAUAUUUUAGGACUUGUUCCUCUUUUUGUGUUUGAAAAUGUGAUACUUCCAUUAUUAGGGUUGAACACAAGACUGCCCUUCUUACCUCUUAUGCUUACGUCUGUGUACUGUGCUGUGGGUGUCUUGUACUUUUGGCUGAAGUAUUACUGGCAUUUCCUUACCACUAGUGAGGUAAAUCAUAAGCGAAAAGCACAUUAAUGUUACUACAGUUAUAGAAGCAUUGUAAAACAUUAAGAAAGGCUGUGCCAUACAUGUGCCGCAAAACUUAUUUUGAGAAAUCUCAUUGCUGUAUCUUGGGGGCAUGGUAGUUUGACCUUUUACUUUUAUCCUAGGGUCUUAAAACAGCUUCCAAGAUACAGUGUUAUGUCUGAGCUAACUUGACUUCUACUGCCAUCACCUGAUGCCACUGUACAGCAUCUCCUGUAAUGUAGGUAGUUAAAAUCUACUUUUGAUAUUGCUGCAGCUGACUGACUAGGAAAGUCAACAACCAGCAGUGUUCAAGUGUUCAUACAUAAGAGAAUGGCCAUGCCCCGGUAUAGCUGCCUAUACUUCUUAUAAUAUACUAUGAAGGUGUAAAGUGUCAUGAAAUGAUUUCUUUUGCAGAUUAGUUAAAUUUAUUUUAUUUUUUUUAACUUUGGCAUUUGGAUGAGGUCCAAAGUUAUACAUUGAACUCCAACCGCAAAAAUUUACAAAGCAGAAUUGCAUUUGUUUUGGUUGCUUAAGCAUGGUCUUAAAUGAAGAUUUUUCUUUAUAUUACAUUUUUAUUAAAAUAUUUUGUAUUCGUUCUAUAAGUUCAUAUAAGUUUGUCUGUGGUUAAACCAUUUUAGAAUGGACAGAAGGUUGGUUAAAAUUGAUAUGUGAAGAAACACUGUACUGUUGUCAUUAUGUUUUGAAGAGACUUGGCUUCAGAUCCUCAUAAGAUGCUUAACUACUAUCGCAGUCUAAACUGAUAUCUGAUGAUGUUUCUCUCAGUGUCUUUAGACACUGGUAAAUUUAGUAACAUUUUGGUGAAAUUCCUUUUGUAGAACAGAAAAGUAAUUUUAUGGACUUUAAAUGUAGUAUAUAUACGACAGAUUGGACCAAAGUUAAUGUUGUUAUGUGUGUUUUAUUGUAAUAAAAUGUACGUGAAAUUAUCAUCUGAUUUUAAGUUGUACUUUAUUGCCUGUGUCUUUAAUUACACAAAUUAUUAGAUUUAUAGACAUAAUGGUGUUAAGAUUGUGAUGAAUAUUGAGUUGUGUGUACCAUAAUACAGUGUUUGUAAUAACCUCUUUUGAGCUGUUUGUAUCUGUCCAGGCAAAUGCAGAGACGAAAAAAUCAAAAGAAGCUUGGCAGUGAUAACCAAUCUCCAGGAUUGAAUCAUGAUGUGAGAAAGUUAUUUAUUCAUCUAAAGUCUGUGCUUUAUGUGUACAAUAUGCAAGAAUUAACUGUGAUAAUACAAUUUUUAUAGAACACUGCACCAAAACUGAUAAAGUUUAAUUUUGUUAUGAUAGCAAAGAAGCAGCCAUUUUUUUAGUUAUUUACAGUUAUCUUUUUAAAGAUAAAAUAAAUUGUAUGCAUUUUGUGUUGUACAACAGUUCUGACAGAAUCAUUCUACAUUUGUCUAUCUUUUUAUUUUGUAAGCAACAGCUAUUUUAGAGAGAAAGAUGCAAUACACUGUUGUGGCAAGGGCAUUUAGGCAACAGUUUCAAGUUCUUUAGACAAAAAGUCAACCUUUGAAACAUCAAGGGCAACAUACUGUUUUUAGAUAAGAGAAAAACAAAAAUCAGUAUAAUAAGUAGUAGUGUAACUUUGGAUAAAUUAUAUAAUAAAAAAUGUUAAAUUUUAUUUAAAAUUAUUUUUGUUAAUUUUUUACAUGGAUAAAAGGUGGUUUGAUAUACAUUUUUUGUGUACUGCCAGAAAAUAAUUUGUAUGUAUAUGUGUCCAAAUUGUUUAUUAAAUAGAAUUGUAAAGUG